CCGAAAAAAAAGUUUCUUGCGCGGUGCCGUGUGCUGUGCCAAGACGGGAAGUUUAAUUCUAAUUUUAACGCUGAAAAUUGCUUUAGAAGUGAAUCGCUACGGUAGACAUCGGUGUAACUAACUUUCGGGCAUGUGAAUUUGGUGAAAUUUAGUGAUUUGGCUGGAUAGCUAGGGCAAAAACGUCGAUUAAUGUUUGAACUUGGUCAUUGUACAGAAGUGCGGCAACCCAGCCAUGAGAUAGUGCAUCUUGGACUAGUGUUGGUGUGUUUUGCGGUGCAUUCUACACAAUAACAAGGUGCCAACACUGGCAACACUGUAUCGGGUGUGCAACUCUCCGGAACGGACCUCCAAAAGGGAGGACAAGAAAACUCCACUUUUUCCGUACCAGACUGUGGUGAACGAGCAAAGUGACAGACAGAGAGUCGUAGAAAACAACAAUGGCAGCCAUCGUGGAGCAUUUUUCAUGCUCAUAACAUUGUUUUUCUCGUGCGUGAAUGCCCGGAAACAUAACUUUUAAUCCGUACCGUGCGUGCUAAGUGAUCUGCGGUUCCAAGUGUGCUGUAGUGCAGUGUGAGCCCCAGGCAGCAGCCAUGGAUUUUGACGAAGAUUCCUCCAACACCAGGGAGGCAUCCUGCACUCCACCGCUGCCGACGACGGAUUUGACACCGAACGAGAUUAUGAAAUUUGGUCCGGGUGGUGAGGACGACUUGCCUACUCCGGAGAGAGUUGCUUCCCCGGAGACGGUUCCGGAAGCGGCAGCGGAUAUACCUACGGUGGAAGAAGUAGCCGUUUCCAAGCAACCAGAAUCGAAGGACGACCAGCAACAACAGCAGCAGCAAGGUGUCGUCACUUUGGAAGCAGACAAAAAUGGCGAACUAAAAAUCUCGAUUGAGAAAGAUAGUGCUACGUCUAAUUCGCCCGUGUCCUCUUCGAAGGGGCCAAGGGCUGAGGAGGAGAUUGGUGAGAAAAAAUCUUCUAGGAAGCCCGGAGACGCUGCGGAAGAGGUGAAACAAACUGAAAAGUCGUCAAAUCAAUCAGAAAAACUUCAGAAGUCGCCCACAGGGGAUAAAACGGACAAAAAGUCAGAUAAAAAGAAAGAUUCCGACCGACCCAAAAGGGACAAAGGCAAAGAUCGCGAACAGAGUCACAGUAAAGACAGAGACAAAGAAAAUGCGAAGGAAAAAGCAAAGGACAAGGUGAAAGACAAGGACAAGGAAAAAGUUAAAAAAUCCAAACAAAAAGACGAUGACAGGGAUCAACCAAAAGACCGGAAGGACAAGGAAAGGAAGGCAUCGGAGAAGCGAAAAGAUCGCAAAAACCGUAGUCGUUCCAGGGAAGAUCGUAGGAAACGUGACGAAUCAAAAGCAGAGCUGUUGCGGAGCAAAGUGGCUACUGUUAGGAAAAAUAGUGAAGAUCGAUUCAAAUCCAAUCGAAACCGAAGAUCGCGGUCCAAGGAACGCAACAACCAGCUGAGAAGUUUUACUCCUCCAAGUGGAAAGAAUCGCAAUUUGGAUCGCUCAAAGAGCUUGUCACGCCAGUUUUCCGAUGAGCGAGUUAAACUGAAUCGAAUGGAGUCUAGAGAUCGAAUGUCGGCCAUACGUUCAAAGGAAAGCAUCGCGAGCACAAGUCGCGAUCGUUUUGGUUCCCAUCACAGUAUGAAUGACACCACAACGACGAUCCAGAAGCGUAACGAACAAUCACCAAUAGCUCUGUCCGCGAUCAAGCACACGAUCAGCCCUCCGGUGAUAACUUGGCGACAGAAGAUUUUCUCCAAGACACCUCCACUAGUUCGUCCAGCUCCGAUAACUCCUGCGAUUGCGGCACUGCAGGCCUACGAUGAUGACUCGUCACAAACGGAUGAUGAACUAACGUCUAAGAAGAAAAUCGCAUCAAUAGCCCAGGAUAAAUCCAAGAAAAAUAAAAGCGCAGUUGAGAAGAGCAAGAGCAAAAGCAAGGACAAAGAAAAAAGUGUGAAAAAAUCAAAGGAUAGCUCGUCUCGCAAAAAGAAAUCCAAAGAAAAGCGAAAAACGGACAAGAAACGAAAGAAAUCUCCAGAGGCAAAGAAGAAAAAGAAGAAGUCAAAGAAGCCGGAAGAGGUUCCCGCUGAAGAAACUUUAACUAAGGAUACGACAGAUACCGAGUUGGAUGUUUCGUUGCCAGAAGACGAGUUUAAUGAGGAGGAAGAGGAAAUAAUCAAGAGAAUUAAGUUGGAACAGCUGGACGAAAGAGAUGAACUACAAUUCAAUCAAAUUGAAAUAGAUUAUAGUAUUGUAAAGCAGGAACCUUUAACAGACGAGGAAAAGGACAAGGAGAAGGAUGUGCCUGUUGCCGAUACGUCAGAAGCGAUAAUUCCAGAAGCGGUAACACCAGAAGCUGUUCCGGAAGAAAAUGCCGCCAAUCCCGAUGAGGUUAACAGUCCUCCGGCGGAGCAGAAAGAUCCGGUACCAUCGGUACCGCGGUUAAAAUUCAGCUGUUCAUUCUUGAAUGAUUUGAGUAACCUGGAUAAACCGGAAUUAGUUGAUCGCAAUCGCAAGGAAACCGAUUCUCCUGAUACCGAUGACUAUGCUUCCAAUUGGGAAAAUGACGAGUUUAGCAGCCCACUGGUAACCAUCAGUAAAACAUUAAUCGAAGCUCCUCCGAAGGAUGAAAGUAAGAAAGUGACUACGAUCGAAGAAGACUCCAAACGAGUAAGGCUGGCACCGAAAAGUAUCCACGAGCAGAUUAUUCCAUUGGACGAUUUAUUGAACAUACAAAGUAGACUGCAGAGUAUGAAAUCACAAAUGGAACAAACAGGAACACUGGAAUCUAUCGCCAAGGUAGGAGAAAACAAGACGCCACCGACCGCUAAAGAGGUUGUACCGGAAAAGCUUGCCAGCGAAUACGAGAAUUUUAUACAAUUGUUGGAUCCUCCUAAGAAUGAUGUCGUAGAACCGGAAAAUGCUGCGAAACCUGAUGCUGACAGUAAAGAAGCAAAAAAGAAAAAGAAAUCUGGCGAGCGAAGGUCUUCCUCCAGUACGACUACCAGCACAACUUCAACGGAUAGCUCCAGUUCCAGUUCCGAUUCCAGCUCAUCCAGUUCUUCAAGCUCCAGUUCCAGUUCAUCGGACUCAUCAACGGACAGUUCCAACGAAGAAACGACCAGCAUCAAGAAGAAAAAGAAGAAAAUAGUGCUUGUGAAGAGAAAGAAGAAAACACUCCCGAAACCAAUUGUAUCAUUUGAAGAGAUAGAAAAGUUGGCCAGUGAACUUGUAGAGCCGGAUGAUAAUGACAGCAACACUGUUACAGAACUGCCAUCCGCACCGGAGGUCACAGUUCCAGCCGCGUCACAAGAAGUUACACCUCCUAAGGUCCCUCGGCUAGUCCUACCGGAUCAUCUGCUACCGAAGAUAAAAACGCCAUCCAUCCCGUUGACGACGCCCCCGAAAAUCUACAGCAUCCGAGAUGAUUCCUUGGUGGAACCAAUCAGCAGCCAAGAAUCAUUCACCAGUGCUAUUCAGCCUCUAACGCUCGAACGUGAUUUACCAUUCAAACUAAAACUACAGAACAAGACCAAAAUUAUUCCCGGGAUGACAACAUCUGCCUUGUUGGGACCGGAAGACGAAGAAGAUGCAUCCGUGAAGAAAGAAGAGAUCAAAGAAGACCAUUCCCAGAAGCCAUCUCAACCUCGGAAAGAAAAAAGUCGUCCGAAAGAAGAUGUUCGAGAAACAAAACGUUCUCGAGAACGAAAACCUAACGAUAACCACAAUUCGGAGCGUGGUCGAGAUAGAAGUGCACCGCCGAAGAAACGACGAUCCAAAGAUCGCAUGAGCAAAUCCAAGGAACGGAGUCCCAUCCACCGGAGGCGUCUUUCUCAAGACAGGACCAGAGACCGAGAACGCCGAAGGGAACGAUCGCAUCCUUUGCGAUCGCCACCUCCACCAUCACGAAGAAAUCGAAGUCCACCACCUCCUUCGUCCAGGCGAAGACGAUCGCGCUCCCGGUCCCGGAGUGUCAGUCCUGCACUGCAACGGAGGCCGCCGAGUCCACCAGCAGAACGAAGCCCACGGAGACGUUCCCGGUCACCUUACUAUCAGCGGCCUCCAUCUCCCAAGGAGAAACCACCCACGGAGAAUCAAAUCGAUGUGGUCACUAGUUCCGGUACCGGAACGUUUACCUCACCUAAGGAUCAAUCACCUGUGGCCGGAUACAAGAAAAGCAUUGCCGAUUCCACCAUCAGCGAUGCCGAGUUGGAAAACCAGAAACGAAAAAUUACCGCUUACAGUGAAAGCUCUGCCUACAACAAUGUGUAUUCCAAGACGUAUGGAUUUUACGAUCCCCAGGACAUGGUCCUCGAAGGGCCAGAGGAGGGCGGUUCUCCGAAACGGAUAUCGUUGGACGAUAGAAUCAACAUAGUCUUAGGGAUCAAUGGUACCGAAGUGCCCAAACAAAUUCAAACUACGUCUCAACAACCUCCUGCUGAAAAUUACGGAGAUUAUCAGCCGAUUCAAACGAUAAGCCAUGACACGCGGCAGCAACCGCCGCCACCUCAACAGUAUCCAGUUCAAUACCCUGGAUCUAUCAACUCCCCAAUGUUACAUCCACCUCCUCCCCAACAACACUACCCAACCAACUACCCCCAGGAAUACCAUCAUAUUCCGCCUGGGCCACCUACAGGUCCGCCUGGGUAUCCGUACGGCCAUGGACCACGACCACAUUUCGGCCCAGGGCCACGUGGACCACAGCAAAAUUGGCCUUCUCAACCACAACCCAUUCCUUCGCAUGUCAAUCUCUAUCCAAACGAAUUGUAUCACCAUAAUCCAAACAUCCCACCUCCUCCACAAAUGCAUCCGGUCGAUCCAGCAAAAACCCACGUCAAACAGGUAGGUAACGUGUUGGAGAUCGUUCCGGCCAUCGUCCCACCUCCUGCUCCGCAUUCAGUCAAACCUACUCCCCCACCACCACCGACGCCAGUGGAACCACCUCCUCCUCCUGCCGUAGUUCCACUCCAUAAUUUCCUUCCCGUUCAACAGCCCCCUUCGGUUGUCACUCCUAUUACUAUACCGCCGCCACCACCUGCUUCUUUUAUCCUUGUAACCCCAAAGAUCCUUACGGCCGAAGAACUGAAACUCCGUCACGAACGAAGACUCGAACUGAAGAAGAAAAUCCGCAUCGAACGGGAAAAGAAGCGUAUGGAGAAGAAAAUGCGGAAGGAAAAACUCAAAAUGGAAGUCAAGAGGCUGCUGUCGGAAACUGCCACGAUGGCCAACGCAUCCUCAUCCGAAGAAGAGUUCGCUGCCGUCAAACAUCAGGAUUUGGUCUCGUCGUUGAACCGAAACUACGACCGGAGUAUACUGCGGACUAAAACUGGUUCAUGCGUGGCCAGGAAAAAAGUCCUGUUUGCCGAUGGCGUGGCACCUGGCGAUGAAUCCUCGUCGUCCGGCGCCGAAGCGCUUCGGUCCCCAGCCAAGAUAGCCGCCUCCAAGACUCGCAAGAAAUUACGCCGGAAACGAACGCUGAAGGCCACCGGAAGAAAGCGGCUGAUCGAUCGGUUGAAGUUGCCGGACAUCAACCUCGAAGAACAAGAACAGGUGGAUCCGGAGCUGGAGAGCAUGCCGCCGCCUCCCCCUCCGCCCGGUUCACCGCCUCCAGAGCUGUCCCAACCUCGCUGCAUCAAUCCGCCUCCGGUGCAAAUGAUCGAUUUACGCGAUGUCCCCCCAAUGCUGCCAUUUCGUUCUUCUAGUGGCAGUUCUACACCUUCGGGUACGCCUUCUUCUGGUGGCGCUAGCAUGCCGCCUUCUGCGUAUUCUCCUGCAUCAACACCAUCAAACGGUGGCAAUAAUACUACUAUUAAUCCGAAUCACAAUAUGAACAGUCACGGCGGACCACCCCCGCCACCACCCUCCGGUGCAUCCGGCGUCAGUCCCAGUAUGUACCGGCCUGUGCCGAUGCCUCCGAACAUACCACCACCUCAUAUGCGGUCGCAUCAUCACCAGCACAGCCAUCAUUUUCAUCCACUGCCAUCGCAUCUGCAUCAGCCUCCUCCGCCUCCGCUGCCAUCCGGUAUGGCUCCAGGUGGACACAUGAAGAAACCGCGCCGGGACGGAUACCGCAGUGGGCCCCAUCCACCGCCAAUGGACCAGUCGCCACAUCCGAUCGAAACGAUUGGAACUUCCGGGCCUUCUUCGCGGCACCCCAUGUAUGAGUCGUUGCAUUGAAAGGUUUGUGAUUUGGAGGGAGCGAGUUCAUCUGAAGAUAAUUUCACAAAACAACUAGCAAACUCAACAAUAGUAAUAUAUAAUUUAGAUUUUAAGGGCAUUCAAAAAUUUUAUCCAAUUUAACAUUGGAUCUUACAAGAACAGAUAAUAUUCAAUAAAUCUAUGCAUAGUAAUAUGUAUUGCAAUUAUUUUGAACUAUCCAUUUGCGUGAAAUGUUAUAUUUACGCUUAUAGAAACAAAUUCAAACUUAAGAACAGCUACCCAUAUGUCGUCUUGUGUUGAACAUACCUAGUUUAAGCUUAGAAUGGAUUUUAUGUAAAGUCUUGAAAAUAAAUUAAAGAAAUGUUAUCUUCUGUAGAACAAUAAGAA